UGGCUGUCGGCCAAUCAACGAGCAGUUCACUGUCAGGUCCCUCAGUUCGGUUACAUCGGGACAGCAGUGUGGCAAGGAAAGCUCGGGGGGCAGCAUGGGCGUCCUAUCCACGCUGCUGAGAGGGCUGGUCCGAGGGGCCGACAGGAUGUCCGAGUUCACCAGCAAGCGCGGCUCCAGGACCCACAACAAGGGCCGGGGGGCCCGGCCCGCGGGGCUCCGGCUGGCCAGCGGGAAGUUCCUCUCCAUCCCAGCCAUGAUCCCCGAGUUCGUGGUGCCCAGCUUGGAAGGAUUCAAGCUCAGGCCGUACGUGUCGUACCGCUCGCCCAAGGGCUCGGAGCCUCCGGUCACGGCACAGAGUUUAUUUGACGACAUUGUUGCCCCUCAGAUCCAGAAGGACUUUGAAGAAGGAACUUUCAACAAAGACCAACUGGAGAAGUACGGCUUUGAGCCCACACAGGAAGGGAAGCUGUUCAAGCUGUACCCUAAGAACUAUGUGCGUUAAUGGUGGAUGGUUGCAGACGUACCGGGACCGAGCCCAGCUGAGGAGACGCCUCACGGAGAAUCACAGCUCACACCAAACUAUUGAUUUAUUGCAGGUGGCUGUUUUUAAAUAUCCAGCUAAUCACAUUUCAAGGGCAUGGCUAAAUUUAAAAUAAAGUGUACAAUAUCAUACAGUUUAGGCAAUCAUUGUAUGUAACAAAGCAUUUAAUAAAAAAAAAAAAACUUUAA